GAAAUUAAUUUUGCUUAAAUUGGCAAUUCCUGGUGAAGUAUUUAUCUCGCGAUUAUUUUGUUUUUAAUGACAACUCCACAUUUUGACUUGUUAGUUCAUUUUUAAUGUAGUAGCACAUUUCGUCAAGUACCCGUUUUAAUAAAUUCGUUGUAAAACUAUAACCACAAAGAAUGUCCCAGUCGAAGGAGUAUUUCUCUUACUUUAAAAAUUUCGAUGUGGUUGAAAAAACCAGAUGUCUCAUAUUGGGAGCCGGUACGCUCGGUUGUUCGGUGGCCAGGUCUUUAUUGCCCUGGGGAAUACAACACAUAACAUUCGUCGAUAAAGACGUGGUGAGCCCUUCGAAUCCAACAAGGCAGAGUUUGUACACCGAUCAAGAUUGGCGCGAGGAAAAACCGAAAGCCGAAGCUGCGGCUGAUAACAUCAAGAUUAUAUUUCCCGAAGUGAAUAUCGUGGGACAUCGAUUGAAAAUUCCUUCGAUUGGACAUUCCGUAGAAAAAGAAACCAUCGAAAGAACUGUCAAGGAGCUCUCUGGGCUUAUAGAAAACCACGAUAUUAUAUUUUUGCUGACGGAUACCAGAGGCAGCAGAUGGUUACCCACUGUUCUGGGGCAAUGCAUGCAGAAGAUAGUAAUAAACGUAUCUAUCGAUUUAGAUUCUUACACGGUAUCGAGACAUGGAGUCUACACCGAAGCCGAUCCUGUCCCUAACACAAUUCUAAACAACGAGACAGGAUUAACUUCGAUAGACGGAAGGAACCUGGCCUGUUUUUUCUGUACAGAAAACCUUUUCCCUGAGAAGCCCGUUCUACAAGAAAUCAUCAAACCUUUGGACAAGAAAUACACAGUAACCCGACCAGGAGUACCGUUAAUAGCAGCUACAAUGGCUGUAGAAUUAGCCAUCUCUUUACUUAUACAAACUUCCAACGUUUCGACUCCGGCGUUUUUCUACGCCAACAGCGAUAACAAUAAGGAAAACCUCAAAUAUUUGAACUACAAUCAAAUGGGCCUGGUGCCUCAUGUUAUAAAAGGCAACAUGUCCACGUACGGGCAACUUGUAACGGCCUUUGAGAAAAACGCCAAGUGCGCAGCUUGCUCGGACACCGUUGUGAAGCAGUACCAGCAACAGGGCAACGCGUUUUUUAUAAAGGUGCUCGAGAACCCGAGACACUUGAAGAAAUUGUUGAAAAUGGAAGAGGGGUUCGACAGAGAGUCGAUUUUAAACGACGUAAGAUGCAAGUUUCAUUUAAUAUUCAUUAGAAUUAAUUAUAUCUUAAAUUAACAGACUUAUGCCAAUGAGGACCUAUUGUGGACAGAAUUUUAAGAAAAAAAUGCACCUAUUACCUAUUACAUGAUACGCCUUAUAAGAAGAUGAAAUGUAAUGUAUUAAAGAAACUUAUUCUACCUAUAACAUUGUUUAAUUAUUUUUAUUAUCGAAUUUGGUGUAAAAUUU